AUGCGGCGGUUCAAGCAGCGAAAAAUCGAGGACGUACAGGCGGGGGUUGAGCGCGGAGAUGCAGAUGAUAUGUUGGAGUAUGGGCUCCGUUUGGCUACGGGAGCCGAAAUCCCACUCGAUAACAGCGAGGCGAGGAGGAUCCUUCUUCUUGUCUUCCAAUCGAACACUUUCUCCUCCUCGCAACGCGCAGUCGCAGCGAGCCUUCUCGGACUCCUCUACUACUACAUCGUCCUGAACAGCGACGAUUGGAAGGACUUCGACUACGACGACCGCAUCCCGUGUUCGAUGAAGUUCUGUUUCGAGAGCUGCCUGCUUGGGCUGCACUCCCAUAUCUGCUUGCUAGUCGGCAACAUGUUCUUCAAACUUUACGGCAAAAUUCCAUAUGGGGAGCUGAUGGACAAGGUGACCUUUAUACACGGGCUGAAUGUUACUUUGAGGAAAGCGACGGGUCAUCAGGACCCAAAGCCAGAUAUAUGCGAGAGCUGCGCGAAAUUCUUCCCAACCAAGACGCUCAAGAAGUGUGCAGGACCUUGCCAUCAUCCGACGAGAAAGCCCGCGUAUUGUAGUCGCGAGUGUCAGAAGGAGCACCGGAAGCACCAUCGCGAAUGGUGUGUCGAAGCAAUGAGCAACCCAGUCGACGCUGACAACGUGACUUACUACACUGUUCACCUCGCGACCGCAGACUACUCCGGUCAGAGGCUCCAGAUUGCGGGCUCAGAAUCCACUACCAGCGCUCUGGAACCCGAUCCAGAGUCUAACCAAACCGACGGGUCCGUGACUUUCAACGACAGCCCCAUUAAAUUGAGUAGUCUUCUGAGCGACUUGGUCUGGUGA